CGUCACGUGAUAAUUAUGAUUAGAUAAGAAUUGAUAAAUAAAUACGCUACAUUCAGUGAGCGCGAUACCUUGUGUGACAUAUAUGGACUAUCUAAAUCAGUGCAUUGUUUGGAUUGUUAUAUUAAAAGUGAAUAAAAUAUUUGGUGUAAUGACAGCUGAUAAUAAUGGCAAAAAUCGUCAUUGGUUCAGGGAAAUUUCUAUAAGAAUUCCUAACCGUCGUUUCUACAGGCCGCAAUUUCAAACAAGGCAGGAUAGUCACAAAAGAUAGACUUUUCCGAAGAAAGAUUUCUUAGCUUUUUAGGUAUGAAAAAAAAAUUCAGUGUGUAAAACUGAUAUCAUGGAAUGAGCAUAUUUGAUUACAUUGGUUCAUCAGUUGUGUAAAAAACUAUGGCUACUCCAUUGUAUAGUUCAAAACUAUCGGGAUCAAAAUUCAAGAAUUGGAUUAAGGCUGGAUUAGGUGUUCUAUAUACUAAAGAAGGCAUUGAGCCUUUUGUUCAUGAUGAAAUAGAACAGUUCCAGCAGAAAUGUUUGAGCGACAUUUGCAACAACAAUGGACUUCCUGCUGGUACCACAUGUUCUAGUUGUUGUACAGAAAAUGUUAUUGUUUGUCCUACAGAUAGAAUUUGUAAUGUGGGACGUAGGAAAUGCAAAUUCCAUAGAAAUUCUGCAACGCAAUAUCUCCCAUCUGGCUGCCCUAACAAGAUAUGUCACAAUUUCAAAAACGAAAUACAGAAUGCUCAUCGUUUCUGUGGUCCAUCAUAUAAAAACACUGAUGCUACCCAGUGGUGCAGCAGUACAUGGGAGGUUGCUAAAUGCUUCAUGCCACCAGACAGGUACAAGGAUGUGAAAAAUGCAUCAGAGACGAAUUUCAAUGGAAUCGUCAGUGUGAUUAUCAACUAUAAAGCCUUUCAGUCGAAAGUUCACGAUGACCUUAGUAGGAGAAUCAAUAUUUUUGACAAGGCUAGAGAAGUAGGUAAAGCUGUUACACAUUCCUCAUACUUAGGAAUGGAAGAUGAAGAUCUACAACAGUACUUUAGCAUUUUACAGAAUCUACUGUCAGAUCCUGGUACUUUAGCUACUAAUUCAUCUUCGCAGAAUGCUAAAAAGAAAUUAACUCAGCUUCAAAAUGAUACCUUGGUCAUUGACAUAGAGGAUAUCCGGAAAGUGCUCGAUGAUGUUGCUAAGGCAGUUGAGAAUGAACUAAGAACUGAAAAAGAUGAGCACACGAAGAAAGCUGAAAAACAAAAGUUAGAAAUAAUCAAGAUCACAAACAAGUCUGUUAGUGCUUUUAAAAGGCAAGAAAAAUGGUCAAUGUUUGAGCUAGAUAAAGUAAUAUCUGCAGUUGUGGAAACAGAAGUACAUACAAAGGAACCGGUAAUAGAGGAUCACUCAAUACAGAAGAGUCACCAACAUGAAGCUGAGGCACCAAUUGUUUUUGUCCCGAUUGCGUCGCAGUUAAAACAAAGCAAAAUGAUAGAGUCUCGUAGGACAAGAGGACGGAAAAGGAAGGCGGAUCAUUUGUCUGAAGCUUCAUCAGUGCCAAUGGUGUCGGUGUCGGACAUGCCAGCAGUUACGGUGUCGGACGCGCCAGUGAGGUCCGAAGUUGUACCAGUGCCAGCAGUGACAGCGCAGGAUGUGGAUUCGGGGUCAUCUAGGUCAGCGUUGGGGACAGUGACUGCUGAAAAUGCGGUUUCGGGGUCAUCAAGGUCAGCAUUUAGGACAUUGUUUGCUGAAGCUGCAGUUUCGGGGUCACCAAGGUCAGUGUCUGCUGAAGAUGCGGUUUCGGGGUCAUCAAGGUCAUCGCUGGGACAGUGCAUGCUGAGAUACCGCAUGGAAUCAAAUUCCGAGACAGGUAUAAUAUUCCAGUUAUUGGUAUUAAUACAGAAAUAG